CUUUACAGCUGGUUUGUCUUUGACAUAACCUUACAUUACAAUAUAUAUAAAAUUACGUUUACAAAAGAUGGAAAUAAAUUUAUUUAAAACAUCGGCAUUAACAAAGUCGCGGGUAAUUAAUUGUUAUGUCACCAACACAACAAUAGGACCUUCAAUAAAUAUAACUGAUAAUCUUGAGGACUGCAGGACGUUUAAAGAUGCCUGCACACAAACCAUCAUUCCUCUAAUGGAUCAAAAACCAAAUUUGUCAACAGUACUCAAGUCAAUACGACAAGAAUACGAAAAAAAUCGGCAGAGAGAAGUUCAAGAAUCUGUUAAAGCUCGUAUAAACUCCAUGGCCGAAUUUUCAAAGCGGAACCAGCUAGACACGUACAAGAUUCUACAAGAAAAACAAAAAAUUAUUCUUAAUGAGAGACAUCAACAGGAAUUACGUAUCAUACAAAAGCUGGAACAGCAUGAUAAGGAUAGCGUUUCGUUACAACAACAACACCUGUUGCGAUAUUAUGAGGAGAUGAACGAACGUAAAAAGAAAUUAGAUAAGGAAGUAAAGGAGUAUGAAAGGCAUAAGAAGGUUAAAGCAAUCAUAGACAAAAUCAAAACUGAUCAAAUCGAGUUUCGUCAAGUUUACCAAGAGAUUAACGAAACUUUUCAACAGUGUAAAUAUCCUCACGAGCUGAAGAUUGUGUUGGGCGACAUUACUAAACAGUUAAAUUUGUUACCUGAUGCCAUGGAAGAAAUUAUUAAACAGUGUAAAACUUACAAAGUUAGUGAACGCGAGAGUGUAACUUCCGGGCAGUUAGUGCAACGCUUAAAAGCUGUCUUAGAAGAUUUAAAACGAAAAAUUUCCGAAGUACAGCAGGCGAAAGAAACACGGAAGAAAGAGGAGCAAAAAUCCAAAGUUAUUGAUACACAAAGUCGGACUGAAGUUUUACACACAAAUAUUAAACCAACCGAAAUGGAUAAAAUUAUAAGUAAAAAUUCUUUGCACACCUAUAUGAAUUUGCAAAAAUUUUUAGUUACUUUUACAAGCUCGUAUGACGGUCUUGUAAAAGAUGAGCGAUUAAAAAACUUCAAAAGAGAUUGUAAAAAUGCCGUUAAUAUACCUGUAAAUGCAAUCUCCGCCGUUACUUCUCAACAUUUGCUCGAUAAGUAUUUGAAGUUAUCACAUUUGUUAGAAGGAAAAAGGGUGGAAGUUGGUGAUACGUAUAUAACCGCAACGCAACAUCCUCAAGGCAUUGCGUAUUGCACAAACCUACUUGCAAAUAAAUUCGUUUUGCAAGGGGAUGUUAUGAUAUCUAGCAAGCCCGAUGCUGCUUUCGCUUACGGUGCAACCAUAACAGCUCUGUGGUAUGCUAACGAAAACUUUGGAAAAUUACUUUUGGCACACUUCCAUAAGCAGUGUCCAUAUUUGGUUCCGUUCUAUCCUCCACAAACAGUCGGACAAGACGAUAAAGAUUAUUACGUCACUUUAGGAUAUCAAUACAAAAAUAAUGUGAUUGAGAAACAAGACAAGUUUUUAAAACGUAUGGCCGGUAUAAUGCGUUUGUACGCGGCUAUUAUAAUUACUAGACCGAAAAAGGGACAGCGAAAUUUACAUGGAAUAUCGGAGGGUUGGAGGUGGUUGUCGGCGAUAUUAAAUUUGGAACCGAAACCCGACAUUACGGCAACUUUAUUGCUCGAAUUCUUCGAGACUGCAGGAUCCACCAUGGGAAUCGCGUACGGCACUUCUUUUAGAAAGUUAAUGAAGUUUGUGUGUAGUGUCUAUUUCCCGUCGAUCCAAAAGAUCGACAAAGGUGGACCAGUUAGUCGGUUAGAGCUUCUUUUGCAAGAUUAUGUUAAACUAGGACGAUUUGAGGAGCCUCAAGGUAUUCUCCCCAAUAAUUUUUGGUAGUUUAUUUAAUUUUUUUACAGAUAUAUAUGUAUAUUUAUUUACAAUACCUAAUGUCAUUUAAUUAUAGAUCGCCUUUAACUAAAA